UGACAUGACAAAGCCACAAUUUUCGAAAGGACAAAACCUCUGCCCUAAUCUGCUAGGAAAAUAGGUCGCUCGCCCUAAACUAUACGGUCCUCCGUUAAAACCGAGCCGCACAGCCAUUAUCACACUACACAAAUGCAAGCAAAACAAAAGGAUCAAAAAGCUUGUUCAUGAGCCCGUAUCUCUCCAAUCCCACCUGCAUCAAGAUCUCCAUAUCCCUCUACAGAGCUUCCGCACACCAAACCCUAUCUGUCCCUUUAUCAGAUCAGGAGCUUCCACUAUUCCACGCCUUCUCUUCGACUCUUCCCACCUCCCCUCACCUGACGACCACCUGACCUCCACCGAUCCAGCCCAUGGCGUCCACCACCAGCGACAGCCUCCCCUCCUCCCCCUCCCUGCCCACCACCUCCGCGCUCGACGGCGCCGCCGACCAGGAGCUCUCCUCCUCCUCCCACCACCACCAUCACCAAAGCCUCUUCCUCCCGUCCUCCUCCUCCUCCCCCGCCAGCCUAUACCUCGACUCCUCCUUCCACGGCCUCCUCCACGCUUCCUCCACGGCCAUGUCGUCGUCGCCUUCCCCUCCACCGCCGGCGCCGCCGCUCCCUCCCGCCCCGGCGCCCGCGAAGCCGGCCAAGAAGCGCCCGAGGGCCUCCCGCCGGCCGCCCACCACGGUGCUCACCACCGACACCUCCAACUUCCGCGCCAUGGUGCAGGAGUUCACCGGCUUCCCGGCGCCGCCCUUCGCCCCCGCGCCGCCACCCGCCGUCCGCCCGCGCCUCUUCGGCGGCCCGUCGUCGUUCCUCAUGCGCCCGUCGCCCCUCAAGUACCCCGUGCUGCUGCCUCCCAGCACCUGCACCACCACCCUAGCUAACACCGCCAUUAACGCCAGCGGCGGCAGCAGUAAUAAUAUUACUGCCAGUACAAGCUCCCUCGUGGACGCGCUCGCGCUGUUCGCCAAGAGCAACGCGAUGCCGAGCGGCGCCGGCGCCGCCGCAGCUGCCGCGGCGACGUCCGGCGGAUCAGGCGCUGCUGAUCAUCACUACCAUGGCAUCGGCAUGGGAGGGUUCAACCCGUUCGACGAUUUCGAUCCACCGGCGGCGGCGGCCGAAGGCGAGGGGGGGGACCCCGGUGGCGGCCAUGGUUUCUUCUCCUCCUUCGCCACCGGCGGCGACAAGUACGGCCGGCACUAGUACGUAAGCGAUCUCUUAUCUCUCUGAUGAUGAAUGGGUGUGCUCAUGGAGAGAGUUGUGUGUGGAGAAUGGAGGGAGAUGAUGGAGAGAAGCAAAGCUAAUUCUUGGCUAGCUUCUACUACUUUGCCACUACUACUGUUUUUUGAAUUGGGCAAGCUGCAUAAUUGUGAGUCUUGAUUUCUUGGUUUUUGGUACGAUGCGUAUGUACGUACAUAAAUAAUCUGGGCCUUUUUGACUUGUUCCAAGCUAAUUUUUGGCUUCCUGAUGUUGAAAUUUUGUUGGUGCGAAGUGGAAGGAAAAAAAUAUAUAAUACACGUAUUGCCGUGACGAAACUUGUAAUGGGGUGAAAGCCGGUUUGUUCGGCUUCCAUCGCUAUUAGCAAGUAUGUCCUUA